AUGAGUUGGUUUUUGCGGAAGAAGACGGACUGCUCGCGCACCCUUCCUCCGGCCUCUUCCGAUCCUCCCUGCGAUUCCGCCGCGCCUAUUCCGCCCCCUUUGUCAAUCCAGGCUCCGUCGGAACCAAUCACCCUGGCAAACGCACGGUCAUGCGCCUGUGAUUCGGAAGCAGAAAGAGCGGGAGAAGAGAAAGAAAAGACGGCUCUUCGAGAGCUGGUUGAAAAACUAGAGCGGGAGAAGGAGCGGCUAACAACAAACCUGGCGGCUACGCGCGCGCGGCUCAGCGUGGAGUUGGCGGCCGCGGAGGGGCGCCGCGCGCACUGCGGGAGAGUUGUCGCGCAGCUCGCGCAGCUCCGCACGGAGCUUAGAGAGGAGCAGCGCGUGAGGACGGAAGACGUAGCGCAGAAAGACGCGGAGAUCGGGACACUUCAGGCGGCUUUGGCGGCCGCGCGGGACGCGGGCGCGCGGCGCGACGACGCGCGCGAGCGCUUCCACUUUGUGCUCGCGUACAACGGACAGACGGGCUCGGUCUCUCGGACGGUCCUGGCGUCCGAUCCGGACUCUCUGCUGUACACCAUGUAUUGCGGGGAGUGGGAAUACCCGCGCGAUGAGAACGGGCGCGCCAUCAUCACGUGUCACCCUGACAGGAUGUGGUCACGGAGUGGCAAGACACCAAAUACCCUGGCUUUAAAGAGCUUGCCGGUCAUCUCAGCCCGGCAACAGUUCCUUCGGUGGGAAGUUUGGAAGAUUACUGCAAAAGCAAACAGCUAG